AUGGGUCGUAAAUUACCUCCACCACCUCCUCCUCCAGGAAUACUGAAUAAGAACAAACGAAGAAAAGAGAAUGAUGGAAAACCAAUUACAGAAAAUAGUAAUGGCACUGGCAAACAACAACAUCCUCCACCUCCACCACCACCACCUCCUCCUCCAUCUCAAUCUCAAUCUUUGAACAACAAAUUUCGACCACCACCACCACCUCCUCCUCCUCCUCCGCCAUCUACAAAUAGUAAAAACCAAUCAGGGCUCCUACCACCGCCUGAAGAUGGGCAAGAACCAAGAAAGAGAACAUGGUCUCAUGUGGUGAAAUCUCGACGUCAGAAGAAGUCAGAUACAAAAAGAUCUGCUUCCCAAGUCAUACCACAAAAGCCAGAGAUGCCUCCACAGCAUUUGCGGAAGAUCAUGAUUGAUCACGGCGACUUAACCCUGAAUAAGGUUGCGUCCGAUAAACGCUCACACUUGGGAUCUCUAAAAUACUUACCGCAUGCAUUGUUGAAAUUACUCGAAAACAUGCCGCAACCAUGGGAACUGCAAAAGGAAGUGAAAGUUCUUUACCACACAACAGGAGCCAUUACCUUUGUCAACGAAAUUCCCCGGGUUAUUGAACCAGUUUACAUUGCCCAAUGGGCGACUGCUUGGAACAUGAUGAGACGAGAGAAAAAAGAUAGGAAACAUUUCAAGAGGAUGAGGUUCCCGCCAUUCGACGAUGAGGAGCCGCCAUUGGAUUGGCUAGAGAACUUGGAUGACACGGAGCUUGUGGAUGCCAUCAGACUGAAGGAAAUAGAGGAUGACGACGAAUUGAAGGAUUGGUUUUAUGAUACAAAGCCCUUGGUGGAAGACCUGGAUAUCGUAAACGGUGAUUCUUACCGUAGAUGGAAUUUAGACUUUGGUACAAUGAACAAAUUGUAUCAGUUGUCUCGACCUAUAUUACACGAGGGACAAACUCAGAAGUUUGAUAAAAACUCCUUAUUUACAGCAAAAAGCUUGAAUGUUGCUAUUCCAGGGGGACCAAAGUUUGAACCUCUUUUUAAGGACAAAAUAAAUAAUCCCGAGCUCGAGGAUUUUACGGAAUUCAAUUCCAUUGAUAGAAUCAUAUUCAGACAGCCAAUUAGAACUGAAUAUAAAGUGGAGUUACCAUUUUUAUACAAUUCCUUUGUCAAGAAAGUAUCGGUUGGCCCUCUUGGAGCAUCAUUGGAUUGCCGAUCACAGCAGCCACAAAGCAAAGGGCUUCCUGCAUUUACGUUCAAUCCGAAAUUUAAUCUCAUUGUGCCUAAAACACAACCCAGGAAGAGUGAUGACAAUGGCGACGACGACGAUUUUGCUUUAGAUGUUGAACCGUUUUUAGCUUGGACCGCUACUGGAGAAACAAAUGACGUUGAAGAGUUUAAAGAGGUUCCUGUUGAGCCAAAAGGUACAGCAGAUGCAUUGGAUUUGUUUUUUGCUCCGUACCCAUUUAAUCGCCGUAGAGGCAAAACCAUUCGUGCCCAGGACGCUGCACUAACCAAAGAUUGGUAUUUGCACCAGGCGCCAAAGAGCAGCAACACCAAAGUGCGUGUUUCUUAUCAAAAGCUAUUGAAAAACUAUGUUUUAAACGAGGUUCACAAACGACCAAACGCAAAACGGAGAUCACAGAAAAAUAAACAUCAAAAAUUAUUAAGAAGUUUGAAGAUGACAAAAUACUUUCAACAAACAACAAUCGAUUGGGUGGAAGCAGGUAUCCAAGUUUGCCGGCAAGGGUUCAAUAUGUUGAAUUUGUUGAUACACAAGAGGGGUCUUACGUACCUUCAUUUGGAUUACAACUUUAAUUUGAAACCAACAAAGACGUUAAGCACCAAAGAACGUAAAAAGUCUCGUUUUGGGAACGCAUUUCAUCUUAUUAGAGAGCUUUUGCGAGCUGUCAAAAUGAUUGUUGACUCCCACAUCCAGUAUCGUUUAGGUAAUGUUGAUGCCUACCAACUAGCAGAUGGGCUUUACUAUCUUUUUAAUCACUUGGGUCAAUUGACUGGUAUCUAUAGAUACAAGUACAAGGUCAUGCACCAAAUUCGUCAAUGUAAAGAUUUGAAACACAUUAUUUAUCAAAGAUUCAACAAAGUAAUAGGUAAAGGUCCUGGAUGUGGAUUUUGGCAACCGGCAUGGAGGGUGUGGCUUUUCUUUUUGAGAGGUAUCAUUCCGUUAUUAGAGAGAUGGUUGGGGAACCUUAUUGCAAGACAAUUUGAGGGUAGAAGACAAAAUGAUGUGGCGAAAACAAUAACCAAGCAAAGAGUUGAUGCCUACUACGAUAUUGAGUUGCGAGCACAGGUCAUGCAUGAUAUCCUAGAUAUGAUUCCUGAAGGAUUGAAGCAAAGCAAGUCUAAAACUGUUCUUCAACAUUUGAGUGAAGCAUGGCGGUGCUGGAAAGCAAACAUUCCUUGGAAAGUUCCAGGGUUACCCAAGCCCAUUGAGAGUAUUAUUGAAAGGUACAUAAAGGCCAAGGCUGAUGGCUGGAUUUCAGUGGCACACUAUAACAGAGAAAGAAUUAGAAAAGGGGCACAUGUAGAAAAGACGGUCGCUAGAAAGAACUUGGGGAGACUUACAAGGUUAUGGAUCAAGAAUGAGCAAGAGAGACAAAUGAACUUUGGCAAGAAUGGCCCAUUUGUGUCACCAGAUGAAGGUGUCAAGAUUUUCCAAACUAUGGUGAGCUGGCUUGAGAGCAGAAAGUUUAAUCCGAUACCAUUCCCCCCAAUAUCCUACAAGCAUGACACAAAAUUAUUAGUUUUGGCAUUGGAGAAUUUGAAAGAAAGCUUUAGUGCAAAUGCCAAAUUGAACUCGGCACAACGAGAAGAACUCGCGUUGAUUGAACAGGCAUACGACAAUCCGCACGAGUGUUUGGUUCGAAUCAAGAAGUUUUUGUUGACGCAAAGAAUAUUCAAGGAAGUUGGUUUAGAGAUGAUGGAUUACUACAGCCAUUUGGUGCCAACGUAUUCGGUGGAUCCAUUGGAAAAAAUCACAGAUGCUUAUUUGGACCAGUACUUGUGGUACGAAGCAGACAAGAGAAGAUUAUUCCCAAACUGGGUCAAGCCCAGCGAUGAUGAAAUCCCACCGCUACUCGUUUACAAAUGGUGUCAAGGAAUCAAUAAUUUACAUAAUGUGUGGGAUACGUCUUCGGGUGAAUGUGGUGUUAUGCUUGAAACUUCAUUGAACAAAUUCUCAGAAAACAUUGAUUUCACUUUGUUGAACAGACUUUUACGUUUAAUCAUGGACACCAAUAUUGCUGACUACGUCACUUCCAAAAACAAUGUGAGCCUCACAUUCAAAGACAUGAGCCAUGUCAACCAGUACGGAAUUAUUAGAGGUCUUCAAUUUUCGUCUUUUGUGUAUCAGUACUAUGGUUUAGUUGUGGAUUUAUUAAUUCUUGGCUUGGAGAGGGCAUUGGAGAUAGCUGGUCCCGUCCAGAACCCAAAUAAUUUUCUUCAAUUCAAAGAUUUGGAAACCGAAACUGCAUCACCAAUCAGGUUGUACUCGCGUUAUUUAGACAAGAUUCAUAUAUUUUUCCAAUUUGACAACGAAGAGGCGUCUGGUUUGAUUCAAGAUUAUUUGUCAGAGCACCCAGAUCCAAACUUUGAAAAUGUUGUCGGGUAUAACAAUCAUAGAUGCUGGCCCCGAGAUUCUCGAAUGCGGUUGAUGCGACAUGAUGUGAAUUUAGGGAGAGCGACAUUUUGGGAAAUUAGUGGACGUAUCCCGUCUUCUUUGACUUCCAUAGAAUGGGAAGACUCGUUUGCAUCGGUGUACUCCCGCGAUAAUCCAAAUUUAUUGUUUCUGAUGUGUGGUUUUGAAGUGAGAAUACUACCAAAAAUCCGAGCCAAAGAACUUCUGUCAUCGGAAGAAGGUGUGUGGGAUCUUGUGGACCAGAAUACCAGAGAGAGGACAGCAAAGGCGUUUUUGCAAGUGUCGCAAGAAGCUGUUGAUCAUUUCCACAAUAGAAUUCGGCAAAUAUUAAUGUCUUCUGGAUCUACUACAUUUACCAAAGUUGCUGCAAAAUGGAACACAGCAUUGAUUGCAUUGGUCACAUACUAUAGGGAAGCUGCCAUUGCCACCCCAUCCUUGUUGGAUGUACUUGUCAAAUGUGAGACAAAAAUUCAAAAUCGUGUGAAAAUGGGGCUUAAUUCCAAAAUGCCUUCAAGAUUCCCACCUGCAGUGUUUUACACACCAAAAGAGUUGGGUGGGUUGGGCAUGCUAAGCGCAUCGCAUAUUUUAAUCCCCGCCUCUGAUCUUCGGUGGUCUAAACAAACAGACACUGGAAUAACCCAUUUCCGAGCAGGUAUGACACACCAAGAUGAAAAGAUCAUCCCCACAAUAUUUAGAUACGUGACUUCUUGGGAAAACGAAUUUUUGGACUCACAAAGAGUGUGGGCCGAGUAUGCUAUUAAACGACAAGAGGCGAUUGAGCAAAACAGAAGGCUAACAUUUGAAGACAUGGAAAGCAACUGGGACCGAGGUUUGCCACGUAUUAGUACAUUGUUUCAAAAGGAUAGACACACUUUGGCUUAUGAUAAGGGCCAUAGGAUAAGAAGAGAGUUUAAGCAGUUUAGCUUGGCCCGCUUCAAUCCAUUUUGGUGGACCAGUACCCAUCAUGAUGGUAAAUUGUGGAACUUGAAUGCAUACAGAACCGAUGUUAUCCAGGCGUUAGGUGGUAUUGAAACUAUUCUUGAACAUACAUUAUUUAAAGGCACUGGUUUCGAUUCGUGGGAAGGAUUGUUUUGGGAAAAGGCUUCAGGUUUUGAAGACUCGUUGAAAUUCAAGAAAUUGACCAACGCCCAAAGACAGGGGUUGAGUCAAAUACCCAAUCGUCGUUUCACAUUAUGGUGGUCUCCAACAAUCAAUCGAGCAAAUGUUUAUGUUGGGUUUUUGGUGCAGUUGGAUUUGACUGGUAUAUUUCUUCAUGGUAAGAUUCCCACAUUAAAGAUAUCAUUGAUACAAAUUUUCAGAGCUCACUUGUGGCAAAAAAUUCACGAGAGUGUGGUCCAGGACAUUUGUCAAGUCCUAGAUAAGGAAUUGGAAGUUUUGCAAAUUGACAAUGUGGAGAAACAAGCUAUCCAUCCAAGAAAAUCCUACAAAAUGAACUCGUCUACGGCAGACAUUGUGUUGACAAGCACUUACAAGUGGAAGGUCUCCAAGCCAUCGUUGCUCAAUGAAAAAGAUGAUAAAAUGGAAAUUCCUGCAACAACAUUUUGGAUUGAUGUGCAGCUUCGAUAUGGUGAUUACGAUUCGCAUGAUAUAUCAAGAUAUGCGAGAUCAAAGUUUUUAGAUUACACAACCGAUGGAAUGAGCUCGUAUCCGUCUCCAACAGGUAUUAUCAUUGCAAUUGACUUGGCAUAUAACAUGUACGAUGUGUAUGGGAAUUGGUUCCCAGGGUUGAAGCCGUUGGUCCACAAUGCCAUGAGAGAGAUUAUGAAGGCAAACCCGGCGUUGUAUGUAUUGCGUGAACGUAUUCGGAAAGGGUUGCAGUUGUACCAGUCGCAACCACAAGAAGCGUUUUUGAAUUCUAAUAAUUAUGCUGAAUUGUUCAAUAACGACACUCAAUUGUUUGUUGAUGACACCAAUGUUUACCGAGUAACCGUUCACAAAACGUUUGAAGGAAACUUGGCCACAAAGCCAAUCAAUGGGUGUAUUUUCAUACUCAAUCCUAAAAGCGGGCAGUUAUUCUUGAAGAUUAUCCACACGUCGGUAUGGUCAGGACAGAAACGUUUGGGUCAAUUAGCCAAGUGGAAAGCGGCCGAGGAAGUUGCUGCAUUGGUAAAGUCGUUGCCACGAGAAGAACAACCUAAACAACUAAUUGUCAGCAGAAGAGGGAUGAUGGACCCGCUUGAAGUCCACAUGUUGGAUUUCCCAAAUAUCUCCAUUAGACCAUCUGAAUUGCAUUUGCCGUUUGCCGCAGUUAUGAAGAUAGAUAAAUUGUCGGAUAUAGUCUUGAAAGCAAGUGAACCGCAAAUGGUGUUGUUCAACUUUUAUGAUGACUGGUUAAAGAGUAUUUCCCCUUACACUGCAUUUUCUCGAGUGAUAUUAAUUUUGCGAGCAUUGAAUAUUGAUACCGAGACAGCCAACCAUAUUUUACGUCCUAGCCCCAACAUCGUGACACAGGACCACCAUAUUUGGCCAUCACUUAGCGAUGAGCAAUGGGUUGAUGUUGAAGCUCAGUUGCGAGAUUUGAUUCUUAGUGACUACUCGAAGAAAUACAAUGUCAAUAUACAAUCAUUGACGCAAUCAGAAGUGCGUGAUUUGAUAUUGGGUCAAGAUAUUAGAGCACCUUCUGUUAAGCGACAAGAAAUUGCAGAGAUUGAAGAUGGCAAGUCUAAUAGCCAAGUGGAAAACAAGGAACUAACUGCGUUAAAGACAACAACAACCAACGUACACGGUGAAGAGAUUACAACAGUGACAACUACAAACUAUGAGCAACUGACAUUUUCGUCCCGAAACGAAUGGAGAAACCGUGCUAUUGCUGCCAACAACUUGCACUUGCGUGCCAAAAACAUAUAUGUUAGUUCAGAAGAGUUUGUUGAUGACGAAAACUCGUUUACUUAUAUCUUGCCAAAGAAUGUUUUGCAAAAGCUUAUACAGAUUUCGGAUUUGAGAAUUCAGGUGGGGGCAUUUCUUUACGGCAAGUCCCCUGCCGACCAUGUCGGUGUUAAGGAGAUUAAAUGUGUUGCCAUUGUGCCUCAGUUGGGUAAUGUUAAUUCAAUACAGUUUCCAAACACCCUUCCUGAUCAGGUUGGGUACUUGAAGGAUUUGGAAUUGUUGGGUUGGGUCCAUACGCAAUCACAAGAGUUUAGCUACAUGACUUCAUAUGACAUCACCACCCAAUCGCGUUUCUUCAAUGAAUACAAGCCCAAUUUUGUCACCAUGACUGUUGCAUACACACCAGGGUCAGUCACGGUGUCAUCUUUUGAAAUCACCAAAGAGGGGUUUGAUUGGGGUCGCACAAACAACGACAUGAUGUCAGAAGCACCAUCUGGGUUCAGUAAAGAGUAUGCCAAAAAGAACCAAUUGAUCAUGUCUGACAAAAUUGCUGGUACGUUCAUGGUUCCUGAUGAUGACAUCUGGAACUAUUUUUUCAUGGGAGCCAUUUUCAAUGCCGCUGAAUUGUAUGAUUUAAAGUUGGACAUUCCGUUGACGUUUUACAAUGAACUACACCGUCCAAUACAUUUUAGUAAUUUUGCCCACAUUGAGGCUGGUAACGAAGAGGAAGCAAACCAGGAAGAUGUAUUUAGUUAG